AUAAAUUUCUAGUUUUAUCCCAUUAUCCGAUACUUUUUACUAAGUUAAAUUAAGUUACCUUUUACUAGCUACAAUAAAUAAAAUAAUUUUAGUCGAAAAUAAGUUAACAACCAUGGUUCAUAAACAUAGUUACGAUCUGGAAAAGAAAAUUCCUUCAUUGGAAAAAUCUGCAAACUCUCCAUCAGGAUGGUUUGGAACAAGGCAUACUGUCACCUUUAUGCUAUUUCUCGGUAUGGCAAACGCUUACAUCAUGCGUACCAACAUGUCAGUCGCUAUCGUUGCUAUGGUCAAUCAUACGGCCAUAGGUGGGAGUUCCCACGACACUGCCAUCUCUGUCGAUGACGAAUGCGGCAUUGAAACAAAUAUUAAUUCAACAACAACGGUCAAAACUGAAGUCGAAGGAGAAUACCUAUGGCCAACUGACGUUCAAGGAUAUAUCCUUAGCUCAUUUUUCUAUGGCUAUGUUCUUACCCAAAUUCCUUUCGGAAUAUUAGCUAAACGUUAUGGAAACAUUUACUUCUUAGGCAUUGGAAUGCUGAUCAACUCAUUAUUCGGACUCCUCGUACCAAUAUCGGCCAAGAUGGGCAUUUGGUGGCUUAUCGCGGUUAGAUUUAUUCAGGGCUUGGGGGAGGGCCCUAUUGUCCCAUGCACACACUCGCUCCUGGCAAAAUGGAUCCCUCCAAACGAGAGAAGUCGAAUGGGAGCUUUCGUAUAUGCAGGCGCACAAUUUGGAACUGUAAUAUCUAUGCCUCUUAGUGGACUCCUGUCAGAAUGCAGAUUCGGUUGGCCUUCCAUCUUUUACGUUUUUGGUACUAUUGGAACCAUCUGGUGUAUAUUCUUUCUUCUUAUGGUGCAUGAAGAUCCACAAAGCAACCCAAAAAUGAAUGUUGAAGAGAGACUUUAUAUACAAAAAGAGUUAGGAAGUAAAGUUGGAUUACCGAUUCCACCAAUUCCAUGGAUGUCUAUUCUCACAUCUAUGCCAUUCUAUGCUAUCCUUCUGGCUCACAUGGGUCACAAUUACGGGUACGAAACGCUUAUGACAGAGCUUCCAACAUAUAUGAAACAAAUACAUCAUUUUAGUAUUAAAGAUAACGGAGUUUUAUCAGCUCUUCCAUAUUUAGCCAUGUGGUUAUUCUCUAUUUUCAUCAGCCAUGUAGCCGAUUUUAUGCUAACUAAACCUUAUUUCUCUCACACUCUCGUCAGAAAAAUCAUCAACGGAAUUGGACAGUACGGACCAGCCAUAGCUCUAGUUGCUGUUUCCUUCACUGGAUGUGAUAAAUGGUUAACGGUAGCCAUUUUGACCAUUGGGGUUGGUUUGAAUGGUGGUAUUUAUUCUGGAUUUAAAGUAAAUCACUUGGAUAUUUCACCUCAAUUUGCGGGUAUCCUAAUGUCCUUCACAAAUUGUAUGGCUAACCUUGCUGGAUUAUUAGCACCAAUUUAUGCUGGACAUGUUGUGGUGGGAACGCCUAGUAUUGCGAAAUGGAGAACCGUGUUCAUAACCGCCGCCAGUGUCUAUGCAGGUUGCUGUACUUUUUAUGUAUUCUUCGCUUCUGGACAACGUCAACCCUGGGAUCAACCACCAGAAGAACCUCAAAGAAAAAAAGCAAACGAAGAACCCGAAGUAGUGACAACUCGUGCUUAAUUUAUACUUUAAUAAUUAAUAUACUUGAAAAUAUUGUGAUCUUAUGUUAAAGUUAAAAGUAAAAAUUAUGGAUAAGUUUUAUGAGACUAGAUAACAUAUUAAAUUUUCAUAAAACCAUUGUAAACAAUCAAGUUUGUAAACAAUCAAUUACGUUUCAAGUAAGAUACUUUUUUUUCAUUAUUCAAUUUAAAAAAAAAAUCGUCUGUCUUGAUAAUAUUAAAAUAAUCAAAGCGACUUAAAAUUUUCAAUGUCAGUGAGUUUCAAAAAGGUUCUAAAAAUUUGCUUGUUUUUUAUGAGCAAAUCAUCACUAUUUCUACAGUAUUAUAUUUAUUUAGGCAAAAAAUAUUUAAUUAAAUAGUAUUCAUUUUCAUUUGAAGAUCCCGGCCUUAUAAAACUAAUCUUACUAAAUUGGUUUCUUAAGUAAAAUAAUAGAUUAUUACCGAAAGUAUUUUCAGAAUUUUUAAAGAAUAUUGAGGAUUGUUCAUAUUUCAGCUUAAAUUGGAAUUAACUAUCAAAUGUAUUGCAAAUAUCUCAAAUAAAUUUUUUAAAAUAGUAGUUAUUAGUUCAGUUAAGUAUUAAGAUAACUGCUAUAUGAACAAACCCUAGACAUAAUUGUAAAUAUUGUAAAAGCCUACAAAAUGUGCCUCAACAUUUUCGACAGUGUUUAAUUAAAAGUACGGGUUAUUUACUGAAAUAAGAAAGAUAUAAUAAAGUAUUAUGUAUUUUAUAUAAUAUUGAUUAGUGACGAGAUUAGAAAUAGGUUAAGUUAUUUACCUCUAUUCGAAAAACGUUGUUUUUGAUUGUGUAAAUAACAACGUUUUCUGACGCGAGGAAAAUUUGUUGUACAUUACAUUAUCGAGAAUAAAAUUUUUUCUUAACAC